GGCUGCUUCAUUUUAAGAGGUCUCAAGCCAAAAAGUUUGGGAGCCAGUGACCAUCAACAGCAAAACAUCUGUGUUAGACAGACUUGAACCAUUGCUCUAUAUUACAGUUCCGUCCAUCAUCUGGUUUUGAGUGGCUCGAGCGGCAGCAGUGUGCAUGAUCAACCUCCCGGCGCGCGCCAGCAGGAGCCAGCGGAACACCUGUCUCGUGAGGUGGACAGUUGAGGAAGCAGCAGCUCGCGAGCGCUCAUGUUCUGCUGUGUGGUGUGAAGCUGGAGCACGCAGCCCGGAACCCGCCACCCCACCGCUGGACUGGACCGGAGCAGCCAGCCCUCUGGACCGAUGUCCUGGCCGAAAUGUCCCGACACAUCUACAUACGGAACAAGAUUGGCGAGGGCAUCCAAGCGCCCAUCUUUCAGGUGAAUCGAGGGACUUAUUCCAGGAGGAGUCGACUAAAGAGGUCUGAUGGCAGCACCACCUCCACCAGUUUCAUCCUCAGACAGGGCUCAGCUGAUUCAUAUACUAGCAGACCAUCAGACUCAGAUGUCUCUCUGGAGGAGGAGCGGGAGGUGCAGGCCCAGGUCCAGAGCCAGAGCCCAAGCCAGAGCCAAGGACCGGGACAGAGCCGCCAGGAGAGGGAGCAGCAGGCCGCCAUUCAACUGGAGAGAGCCAAGACUAAACCUGUGGCAUUUGCAGUAAGGACCAACGUGAGCUAUUGUGGCGCACUGGAUGAGGAUGUUCCAGUACCAGCCACAGCCAUCUCCUUUGAUGCCAAGGAUUUCCUCCACAUAAAAGAGAAGUUCAACAAUGACUGGUGGAUUGGUCGGUUAGUGAAAGAGGGCUGUGAGAUCGGCUUCAUCCCCAGCCCUCUGAAGCUUGAGAACAUCCGGCUCCAGCAGGAGCAAAAGAGAGGACGAGUCCAAGGUAAGUCUGGAGGGAACUCUUCUUCAAGUGUAGAGGAUGAGGUAUCUGCCUCGAUCCGACCCCUCAUAUCCUCGGCAGGAAAGCAGAAACAGAAAGUGACAGAGCACAUCCCCCCGUAUGACGUGGUUCCCUCCAUGAGGCCUGUAGUGCUGGUAGGACCCUCGCUCAAGGGUUAUGAGGUUACAGACAUGAUGCAGAAGGCACUGUUUGACUUCCUCAAGCACAGAUUCGAUGGCAGGAUAUCUAUCACACGAGUCACGGCAGAUAUAUCAUUAGCCAAGAGGUCUGUUCUCAACAACCCCAGUAAGAGGGCCAUCAUUGAAAGAUCCAACACUCGCUCCAGCUUAGCUGAGGUGCAAAGUGAGAUUGAGAGGAUCUUUGAGUUGGCCCGCUCCUUGCAGCUGGUUGUGCUGGACGCUGACACCAUCAACCACCCAGCCCAGCUCCUCAAGACCUCGCUGGCCCCCAUAAUUGUUCAUGUUAAAGUCUCCUCGCCAAAGGUUCUGCAGAGGCUAGUCAAGUCCAGAGGGAAGUCCCAGAGCAAACACCUGAAUGUGCAGCUUGUGGCAGCUGACAAAUUGGCCCAGUGUCCUCCGGAAAUGUUUGACAUCAUCCUGGACGAGAACCAGCUGGAGGACGCCUGUGAGCAUCUCGCCGAAUACCUCGAGGCCUACUGGAAAGCAACCCAUACCUCGAUGGCGACGCCCCUGAACCCCCUGCUGGGACGCAACCUAGGUCCCACCACCCUCACCCCCUACCCCACCAGCAUCUCUGGACUGCAGAGCCAAAGAAUGCGACAGAGCAACCACACGGGAGACCACUCCACCCCGAACGAACGACGCAACCUGAUGACAUCAGACGAAAACUACCACAACGAGCGGGCGCACAAGGGACGCAACCGCAUGUCUUCUGGCUCACAGCAGCAGGACCCCUACCAGGACUACCAGGACCCCUAUCAGGAUGCAUACAAGCCACAUCGCAAUCGCAGCUCACCGGGCAGCUACAGCCAUGACUCCCGGCACCGGCUCUGAGCCCACUCCUGUCACCACCAGGGCUCAAAUGGCCCAGAUUCCAAAAUAAACGCUGCAACAGAGCCAAGGCGGUCCCAAAUUGUACCUUUUUGUUUCAGUUUGUGUUAAUUUGUUUUGUCUGCCUGGCUAUUUUUCUCUUUAAAAGUCCAACAAAAUCAGGUGUUUGUUUUUAAUCAAGCUGCCAGGGUAAACCCCCGUCAAUCAACAGCGCGAGUAGCCGAGAGGUUCAGGAUGCCAACAUUAACUAAAAAUGAAUUCCUUUAAUUUCUGUUCCUGGGACCUUUUGGGAUUGUACUAACACAAAGCUCAGCAGACAUGCAGCGCAGAUCGAGCUUGUUGCCUGUGUCAGCAAGCUAAUUACGGAUAGUGGUCAGAUGUGAUGGUGUACGGGCUUCUAAGUGCCUGGGACAUCGCACCAGGCCGGAGGGGAGUCCACUGCACACAGACUGCUGAAGGCUGCUGACCCAAACACUGGGCCGUGUAUAAAUCCUCUCACCAUUUAGCUUAUUGCAUGCUGAUAGAUGAUCAACCUCCGCACUCCACUUCAUCGAUAUUUUGUACCUAGCAUUCUGGAUUCUCCUCUAAUGAGGUGUAGAUACGGAGGUCCAAUUUUCUAAAUCACCUGAUUGUGUGGUUAGGUGGCGUCAGGCGGUGGGUUUGUGUGGGGGUGUGCAGAUGAUAUCUGGCUGCUAGUUUUGAAAACUGGUGCUUCACAUUCCUAAACUAUUUUGCUAUUUGAAAGUCGAUUUGAGCAAGGCCAGCUUUUCUGUAGCAUAGCUUUAGGAUUUCAUUUGACCCUCACCGUCAUGAGCAGAGCAGACUGAUGGUGCUGGGAUCAGAUCUCAGUUACACUCUAGGAGAAGGCAAUACUGCUUCUGUUGUUAACAGCUAGCACUUAGAGAGUUAGAGAAGGCAAUAGCAGUGACUGUGAGAUAGUAUAGUGAAAUACAAUAGCAAAAUACUACUUGAGAUGCCGUUUGAUGUUGUUGAGAUGAGCAUAAACCAAUGCUGUGAGAGCCUUUUGAGCAGUUUUUGGCCCUGCCAGCGUGAAGAAUAGGACCGGGAUCAGUUUUUUUGUGUUUGAUAGACCUAACAAAGCAUCUGCUGCUGAAACUACAGGUUGUUUUGCAUUUAUAAGCAUCGAACUCAAAGUCGAACAGCGUUAAAACGAAAGUACAGAUGGUGGUGAAGUCAUGCCAGUCAUGGUCCACAGCCGUUGAAGUUCCUUCCUGUGGUUUUUGGGGGAUUAAAGCAUUAAAAAUGAGACAUGGCAGGAUCGGUUGCAUCAUGUUCAUUCUCUGUGUAGCUGGCAUGUUGUCCUGACUGCAGAGCAUGUUCCCUCCAAACGUAAAAUAGAACCCUACUGUAAUCAAGUUGAUGUUUGUAGAAGUAUAGGGCGCAUCUCUCCAAAAAGACAAAAAAAAAGAAAAGAAAAGAUGGCCCAAAUUACAGAUAAAUGAUUUCUGGAUCGCUGCAGUUUGUUACUCAGUACACUGAAACAGCUAAACAGAAAAGUGUUGGUUUGUGUUAUUCUGAAAGUUCAGAGUUUCAGCAGAUUGCAUGACUCAAAGAGGAGUCGCCAUGAUGAUAAUAAUUAUUCAGAAUUAUGUUAGAAGAUAGAAACAAUUGUCUUACAGCCCUCGCUAAAAGGUUUAUUAUGAGGAAAAGUUUACCUUACCCACUUUGUAUGGAAGCAGGAAGCUGCUUUAAUAAUGUUUUAAGGCUUGUUAUCAUUCUCAUAAUUCACUGUAUAUAUCUUAUUCUGUGAUAACGACUUGAUUAUCUCAUCUCCAGAUAACAAACAGUUCUAGAGAGCUACUUUUAAGCCCAUUUUCAGGCUUGAAUUAAUAUAACAUUCGGCUAAAUAGAACUUUAAAUUGAAUAGAGCACUUGCUUUUUGUCUUAUUACACAGGACAAAGGUCUUCCAUAGUUCACAGAGAGAGAAAAGGCACCAGGAGAGAGUACGCAACAUUUGUUAUCUUGAAAUGAUGAGAUGCUUCAGUUUUUAUUGUAGCGGGACAAAAAUAUAUGAAGCCACAAGAACAUAAGUUGUUUUCUGAACAAUUGGUCAUGGGGCUUUCUGUGGAUGCUCAUGGCUUCUGUAGAUUGUUAAAAGGUGUGUGUCACUGAUUCAUGUGUGCUCCUGGCAGUGUGUCUUUGUUUGAUGAGAAGAAGAAGGUAUAUAUAAUGAUGAACAAGCUCAUCUUCAGUCUAAUUCCACAAAAAAUAAUAAUAAUAUUCUUUUAUCUUCCAAGCAGGACCAAACCUGACAAAACCAAGACCAAACCUUCAUGUUCUAGCCUCAGCCGAGACAGACUUCCCAAAAACACACUGCCAGGAAAAAUGUGUUUGUAUCGGAAAAGAAAUCACAGUGAAACAUGUAAUUAUUGUCCUCAUUUGCUCUCUGAUAUCAGAAUUGUACCAUAUAACAAAGCAUAUUUGUCAGGAGAGUUUUCUUUGACGCCACUCUAUAACACCGAAACCCUCCUGACAAACGUGAUGUAGUCGUGACCGCUGCAGCACCAGAUUAGCUUGGUGCCUUAGAAAACGCUCAGAAGGAGGAUCCAUUCCCUCAAAAUACAAUGAGCUAUAAUACAUAUUUUUUGUCUUGAGAUCUAUACAGAGUGCUGUCUUAAUAGUUCAGAUUUGAAUCCUCAGAAAUAAGAUGUAAAUUCUGUCCUAUUUAAGAGACAUUUGACUGGCCCCAAGAAUUUUACAGCCUGACACAGUUUCAAGGGAGCUAAUUUGUGAGACCUAAUUGGAGCAACUUCCGAAAAAGCGUUGACGGACUCCUCCUUUUUAUACCCUCACAUCAAGAUGUUUUCCUGUGGAGCAAAGCAGCUCUUAGUUUAUUGGUUUAAAUGCCAAAUAGGUGUAAGGUACUUCCUCUUAAUAGGUCACUUUGUAUAGAUCUGGAUGAAAGGGGAAAAACUUGUAUAGCACAAAAGAAAAAGCAAAAAACGACAGUGUUUUUUGAGCAACUGUUCCCGUAAUGUGAAUCCGGUGCAAGGGCACAGAUUAUUAUAUAUAUAAGUUUCUUUGCCCACAAUUCCCUUGUUGUACACUGUUUGUUAACGGACUGAAACAAGACUGCAAAUGAGAGUUUCAAAGUUUACACGCACGCUUCUCUGUCUCAUCCCGCCCCAUAGCAUCAAUCCCAUUGGUUGAUUGAACAGGGAGCCAUUUUCCAUCCAAAAUCAAACCAACCAAUGUUGAGCUGGGCUGCUUGAGACAAUCAGAAGGGAUUUCCAGACCAGCGUCCCACCCAUCCCUCUCUUUGUGAAUGCCCCAAAAUGAUGAGAGAUGUCCGCCCCCGUUGAGUCGUGGAAUCGGAUCGGAGCAAAAAUAACGCCACGCUCACUCACAGACCUCAAAAACAAACUGUCCGUCCUGGUUUUCUUUUCCUUUAUCACCUCUACCUAUGGCCAAACUUUUGUCUCAAAAUGAAAGUCAUGACUUAUUUUACUUCUCACAGAUUAAAUCUCAAGGUGUCCACAAAAUACAGAAUUUAUGGGGAGGGUUUUAUUUGGUGAAGUGUAAAACAAAAGAGGUAAAAAAAAAAAAAAAGAAGAAGAAAAAGAACAAAUAUUUAUUCCAGUAGAAAAGUGAUAGAUGAAUAUUUGCUGGCGAUUAUUUUUAUAACAAAUAAAUGUACAUAAUGUCUUUGAGAGAUGCUAUUUGCUGUAUACAUGUGCUGAAAUGAGACAACGACGACGACGGCGACCCAUGUGGGACACUUGGAACGACAGCAAGGUCCAGUAUACAAAGUUUCAGUAAUGUGCAAUACAAAACGGCAUGCUGUUUUAAAAUGAGGAACUUCAUGUACUGUACUAUGCAACCGCAAACUGUGUACAUCGCUUCAUGCUGUGGCUUCUCCAACCACCCUUUUCCAAGCAGCUUCAUCUGGACUUCUAAGGGAUUUUUGUGUUUUAUCUUUUUCUUUUCUGUGGAAGAUGAAAACCUAAGCGGCUAAUGCGGUAUUGCAUGCAUAAUAUACCAUUCUAAUUUAUAAAAAGGAAUAAAGAAAAAUACAUGAAAUUGGAGGUGAUUGUGUUUAAGGCAAAGCAACAAGUGACUUAAAACAUUUCUUUUUCAAAAU